AUGCUCGCCCUCGCCUACCUUGGUAUUGGGCUCGGGGCCUACUUAAUCUACUCGUUCGCAAAGACAUUUUACGACUGGUACCGCCUGCGACACAUCCCUGGUCCCUUCUCCGCUGGGUUUUCAAAAGGAUGGCUGCUCAAACACACUUGGGAUGGGUCCAUGUACAUCGAGUCUGCGGAACAAUGCUUCAGAUAUGGUUCCCUCGUUCGCAUCGGACCGAACGACCUCAUCACAUGUGACCCCGAAAUACUCAAGACAAUGGGUGCGGCUAGAUCUCCGUACCGUCGAUCUGACUGGUAUGAUGCCCUUCGAGUCGAUCGUGAUAACAUUCUCUCCGAGCGAAACGAGGAGAGACAUGCGAUGCUUCGCGCCAAGAUGGCCCCUGGGUAUGCUGGCAAAGAGAAUCCCACCCUCGAGCAGUCAAUCGACGAGUGUAUUGCAAAGCUUGUCGGCCUCAUCGAACGCAACUAUCUCUCCACCCCCGAAGAAUUCAAACCGAUGGAUUUUGCACGGAAGGCACAAUACUUGACUCUCGACAUCCUCUCCACCAUUGCCUUUGGGGGAGCAUUCGGAUACCUUGAGAAGGAUGAAGAUGUAUUCCAGUAUAUCCAGACAACAGAAAGCUCCAUUCCGGCCAUGAUUUUGUGUGCAGCGUUUCCAGGGUUGUCCAAGGUCUUUCAGUCACCAUUGAUGAGGUUUCUUAUGCCAAAGGAUACCGAUGCAUAUGGCCUGGGUAAAAUCAUGGGAGUGGCAAAGGAGGUGGUAGCUGAGAGAUUCCGACCUGGAGCAAAACCACGAAUGGACAUGCUGGGAUCAUUCCUUCGACAUGGCCUCUCACAAGAAGACGCCGAAACGGAGACCUUGGUCCAAAUCCUCGCCGGCAGCGACACCACAGCAUCGGCGAUACGUGCGACGAUGCUUCAUAUCCUCACCAACCCGCCGGUUUUGGCAAAAGUUUUGACCGAGCUUUCGUCCGCCAACAUCUCCGAUCCCAUUCAGGACUCGGAGGCCCGCAAAUUGCCGUAUCUCCAAGCUGUGAUCAAAGAAGGCUUGCGCAUUCAUCCCCCCGUUACGGGGCUCCAGUCCAAGUCUGUGCCGCCUGGGGGAGACACCCUCAACGGGUACUACGUCCCAGGAGGAACGAAGAUCGGAUAUUGUGCAUUUGGCCUGUUCCUAGAUGAGGGAUUGUGGGGCCCCGAUGCUAGGGUGUUUCGACCCGAGCGAUUCCUGGAGGGGACACCGGAGGAGAUCAAGCGUAAGGAGGCUAAUGUCGACAUGGUAUUUGGGUACGGGAGGUCGUCGUGCCUCGGGAAGAGCAUUGCGUUCAUUGAACUCAACAAGGUCUUCGCGCAGCUUCUUCGGAAUUUCGAGUUCACCAUUGUCGACCCUCAGCACCCAUGGAAAUCCUUUAGACUUCCAAACCCAGGAUACUUUCCGUAUGACACGCUGGAAGCAUCCACGGCGCUCCCCGAUCGGUUCAAGCCCACUCCCAACAGGCCUGUCGAUCCCCCCGCGUCUGAGGCUGCAAAGAUAUGUCUCUCAGAAGCUCCAACAGCCUCGCGCGUUCUUGUUCCCCACGAUUCCGCCGAACCAAACCUCCUGCGCAAGAUCGACCUGACCACCGCUCUGCAAUAUGGCACCGCUCAGGGAUAUCCGCCCCUCUACAGUUUCAUACGAGACUUUGCACGCACAAAUCUCCAUCCCAAUGUGCCUUACAAGGACGGACCAGACGUGAUUUUGACCUGUGGCUCUACUGAUGGAUUUUCGAAGGCGCUUGAAUGCUUCAGCAACAUCUGGGACGAGGAAAGAGAUUGGAUUCGAGAACGUGAGGGCAUACUAUGCGAAGAGUUCGCGUACAUGAAUGCCAUUCAAGCCGCUCGGCCUCGAGGGCUCAAUGUGGUCCCAGUGGCCAUGGACGACGAAGGAAUGGUUGCGUAUGGCAAGGGAGGACUGCAGGAAGUCCUGGUGAACUGGGACAAAAACAAGGGCAAGAGACCACAUUUGAUGUAUACGGUGACAAUGGGCCAAAACCCAACCUCUGGAUUACUGUCACUAAAAAGGCGGAAAGAAAUCUAUGGCCUGUGUUCAAAAUACGACAUCAUCAUCAUCGAAGACGAUCCGUACUGGUACCUGCAAUAUCCUUCGGCAAAUGAGCUGUCCAUGAGAAACAGAGGUCAACUUGUAUCGGAGAACUUCCCCUCGGACAGCUCAUACAACUACAACACCGCCCCCGGUGGCAAAUCCAGUGGUUUUCCAUUCUUGGAUAGCCUUGUCCCUUCAUACCUCUCGGUUGAUGUGGAUGGAAGAGUCGUCCGACUAGAUACUUUCAGCAAGACAGUUGCUCCGGGCUGUCGAUUAGGCUGGAUCACAGCCCAGCCUGAAGUGAUUGAGAGAAUCCUGCGUAUCACGGAGACAAGCACCCAGCAACCCAGCGGAUUCGUUCAGAGUAUGAUUGCGGAACUCAUCAUCGGACCCUCCCACGACGGCGAUCCCGGCAAAGGAGGUAGCAAGGAUGGUAGGGGAUGGAAGGCGGACGGCUGGGUUCGAUGGCUCGAAGGCUUACGGGGCAAUUACGAACGACGAAUGCAGAUUAUGGCGUCGACUCUGGAAGAGGGGAAAUAUCUGAUUCAAGAGUCAAAGCCGAAAUCAAACGCCUUUGCGCCUGAUGACCUUGAAUACGAAGUGGUCCACAAGACGCAGCUGUACGAUUUUGAUUACCCUAUGGCUGGCAUGUUCCUUUGGUUGCAUGCACGAUUUGAAACACAUCCUCUCUUCAACGAGGUCGACCAUCAACGACUUUCCCAAGCGCUUUGGGUGUGGCUUACGACCGAGCCGUACCUUGUUCUGCUGGCCCCUGGAAGCAUGUUUUGCCCUACGCCCGAAAUCAGAGAGGAGAAAGGUUGGCAAUACUACCGACUCUGCUUUGCCGCGGUGGAUGAUGAUGUGGUGCGCAAGCAUACCGAAAACAUUGUGGUAGCUUUCCGGGAUUUCUGGGUCAUCGACGAUGUCAAGGUGAUUGACAAGCUUCUGGAAGAUGACGAGAAUGUACAGAGGAGAUUUGCUGAACUGGCGAUGCAAAACCAGGGGGCAUUUGCGGUGAAUCCGAUCAUGUGUUGA